AAUCCAAGUACAGAGAUUUUUGUGAAUUUUUUUUUAAAAAAAACAUGAAAUAAAUACGCAAAGAAUUUUGUAGACACAGAAUCUGGGUUACCCACCUCCCGAAUCAAACCUCUUUUUUCUCACUCUCUCUUUCCUACUUUACAAAAUUUUAGUUUUUUUGUUUGAUUUUAUCUUCUUUUUUCCCCCAAUUACAUCUACUUAUUCCAAAAUCUUAGGGUUUUGAUUUGUGCUGUUCUUCCCUUUUUUUCUUCUGAGAAAUGGAUGAUUGGGAUUGGGAGCUGCUACUUCAUGAUCCUCCAGAAAUCGUGGUACAAGAAACUGAAACUAAACAUGAACAACCCAGAAUUUCUGCUUCUUCUGAAGACGGUGGAGUAAUUCGUUCUGAUUAUUUUUCCCUUGAGUCUCAUCACAAGUAUGUUGAAGAAGAAGAUGGAAAUGAAGUUGAAGAUGAAGAUGAAGAGUCGUCGGAUAACCCUAGUUGGAUUGAUCCAAGUAGCAGCAGCGUAGUUGGAAGAGGAGAGAGGAUCAGUAUCAACAGUAGCAGUAAUUCUGAUUCCAGUGAUCUUCUCCUUUUGAUUGAACCUCACUCUGACUGUGCUGUUGCUGAUUCCGGUGGAAUUGGAGGUAAUAGGGUUGACGAAGUUGAUCAGAAUACGCAUUCGAGCUCGAAUUUGAAUUUGGGUGGUGAAAUUAAUGGAACCCUGGUAACUGAGGAAGAAGAAGAAAACGAGUCGAAUGAGAAGAAGAAGGUGGUGUGGUGGAAGGUGCCAUUAGAAGUGUUGAGGUACUGUGUGUUGAGGGUUAGUCCAGUUUGGUCUUUGUCAAUGGCGGCUGCAGCUAUUAUGGGUUUGGUGAUCUUGAGACGCAGGUAUCUGUAUAAGAUGAAGCGUAAGACUCAGGGAUUGCAGCUUAAGGUCAUUGUUGAUGACAAGAAGGUUUCUCAGUUCAUGAGUCGUGUUGCACGACUUAAUGAAGCAUUUUCAGUGGUGAAGCGGGUACCUGUUAUACGACCUUCAUUACCAGCAGCUGGAUUGACUCAAUGGCCAGUGGUGAGCAUGAGAUAAACCCCCCACAUAAUCCUGAUGAAAGGGCAGCUUUUGUUUUGCCUUGGAGGUCUCUGAAAGUCUGUAUAAUUACGUGUUUUGCCAUGAUCUGUACUUAUUAUUUUAGCCUCUGUUUCCUUUUUGUUUUCUUGUGUCAAACUUCUCUAGCAGUGGGUUGUAGAUUUCAGGUUCUACUUUGCUAAGGGUGUUGAACUGGCAUAUAUAUAUAUAUGUAUAAUUAUAUUA